CAGCGAGCAGAAACAGCCUGAGGUCUAUGGCUGCUGUGUCCGAGUACGUCUUCCGGCUGCAGAGAUUUCUCCCUGGAGGGGGAGUAUAUAGAGGAACACAGGGGUCUGUACAAGGACGUGAUGAUGGAGAAUCACCGGCCCCUCACAUCACUGGCUGAAUAGCCAUAAUUACGUGCCCGUGUGUGGCCACAGCUAAUGGUCUCUUUCCCUGCAGAGAUGUCUAAAUGAUAGCUGUGAUGAUCACACACGCGUUUCGCUGAAUGGGCUUUUUCAAGACACAAAAACCCUGAUCGUUAGAUGCGUAUAACACCAUACAUUCCGACAUCGUCUUCUCAUUCUAUAAACUCAAAUAAAUGUUUGGAAAUAGAUCAAUCAGACGAUAUGCCAAGAGCACAUAGGAGAAAUGUGGCCGAUGGACUUACUUCAUCUGAAGGAGAAAUUCUCACCAAUAUUUGUACACAAAUAUAUAAUAUGCAAUAUAUACCUAGUCAUAUUAAGGCAGAAUCCAUAUCAUGUGAUGGAGGAACCCUCAUAGACACCAACAUUUAUACACCCACAGAUCAUACACAGCAUACAUCUACUGAUAUUCAGGAGGAACCAGUCUCAUGUGAUGGAGGAACCCUCACAGACAGUGACAUUUAUACACCCACAGAUCAUACACAGGAUACAUCUACUCAUAUUAAGGAGGAACCAGUCUCAUGUGAUGGAGGAACCCUCAUAGACAGUGACAUUUAUACACCCACAGAUCAUACACAGCAUACAUCUACUCAUAUUAAGGAGGAACCAGUCUCAUGUGAUGGAAGAACCCUCAUAGACCCUGACAUUUAUACAUCCACAGAUCAUACACAGGAUACAGCUACUCAUAUUAAGGAGGAACCAGGCUCAUGUGAUGGAGGAACCCUCACAGACACCAACAUUUAUACACCCACAGUUCAUACACAGUAUACACCUACUCAUAUUAAGGAGGAACCAGGCUCAUGUGAUGGAGGAACCCUCACAGACACCAACAUUUAUACACCCACAGUUCAUACACAGUAUACACCUACUCAUAUUAAGGAGGAACCAGUCUCAUGUGAUGGAGGAACCCUCACAGACACAACAGAUCAUACACAGUAUACAUCUAUUAAUAUUAAGGAGGAACCAGUCUCAUGUGAUGGAGGAAACCUCAUGGACAACAACAAUUAUACAUCCACAGAUCAUACACAGUAUACAGCUGCUCAUAUUAUGGAGAAACCAGUUUCAUGUCAUGGAGGAACCCUCACAGACAGUGACAUUUAUACACCCACAGAUCAUACACAAUAUAUAUCUCAUAUUCAGGUGAAAUCAGUGUCAUGGGAAGGAGGAAACUUUACAGACGGUGACAUCUAUACACCCACAGAUCAUACACAGUAUACAGCUACUCAUAUUAUGGAGGAACCAAUCUCAUGUGAUGGAGGAACCCUCACUGAUAGUAAAAUAUAUGAACCCACAGGUCAUGCAUGUACAGUUCUUUGUAUUGUAGAUCAAAGAAAGAGGAAUAAGUCAUUAAUAACACAAUCUUUGGAAAAGCUUCCUAGAUCAGCUCAUUCUAGACAUCGGAGAAGCUCUAGUGAUGGAACAUCGUAUGAAGAUGGAAACUCCUUUGGAGAUUUGUCAAGUCUUAUUGAGUAUCAGAAAGUACACCCCAGUGGGAAAGAGUUUGAAUGUUUUCUGAGGAAGCUCCAACCUGCUGCGCAAGAAAGUACCCCAACGGGGAAGGAACCAUUUGGGUGCUCAAAAUGUGGGAAAUGUUUUAGUGAGAAGUCCACCCUUGCUAGACAUGAGAGAACGCACGUAGAGGAUAAUCUGUACGCGUGCCCUAAAUGUGGGAAGCAUUGCUCAGGCAAAACCCGACUUGUCAUGCAUCAGAGAAUUCACACAGGGGAGAACCCAUGUCUCGAAUGUGGGAAGAAUUUUAAUGAGAGGUCGAUUCUUGCGGCACAUAGCAGAAGUCACGCAGGAGACAAACCGUACGCGUGCUCUGAGUGCGGCAAAUGUUUUGCCUUCAACUCCCAGCUGAUCGCACAUCAGAGAACCCACACAGGCGAGAAGCCGUACGAAUGCUCGCAGUGCGGGAAAUGUUUCAUCGACAAGGCAGCGCAGUCCGCGCAUGAGCGAAUCCACAAAGGCGAUAAUCUGUACGUGUGCUCGGAGUGUGGCAAGUGUUAUGCUUUCAACUCCCAACUUCUUAGACAUCAAAGGACACACACGGGGGAGAAGCCCUAUAGAUGCUCGGAAUGUGGGAAGUGUUUCUCUUACAACGCCCACCUCGUCGGCCAUCAGAGGACUCACACCGGAGAGAGACCGUUCGAGUGCUCCGAAUGCGGUAAAUGUUUUCCUUUCCAUAGCCAGCUGGCUACUCACCAGAGGACUCACACAGGAGAGAAGCCGUUUGUGUGCUCAGAGUGCGGGAAAAGUUUCAGCGUCAAGACCUCGCUGGUGACGCACGAAAGGACGCACACGGGGGAAAAGCCGUUUGGAUGUUCGGAGUGCGGGAAGUGUUUCAACGAGAAGUCGACUCUUGCCGCCCAUCGGAGGACUCACACAGGAGAGAAGCCGUACGUGUGCUCCGAAUGCGGGAAGUGCUUCACGUUUAAGUCAUCCCUCUUUACACACAGGAGAAUUCACACCGAAGACAAAUAAUGGACCUUUGCUGAUUGUGAAGGACAACGUGCCUUUCUUGUCUGGGAUGUUCAUCUACAGUGUGCGAAGUCUGAAAUAAAGUCACAUGAGCACUCGUACUACAACCGGUAGUGAAGCAAAGGGCUACUCUGAUACCUGGAAGGUGUCCACGGAUGUAGAGCUUCCAGCGAAUGCCCUGCUAGUCUACUAACAUCAGUUACACAUAUUUUGUGCUAGAAUGUUAUAUAUUAAUGGCAAGUCUAAUACACAAAUUCUAAACCUAUGUUGAAGGUGUGACAAAUAGUAGUAUACAACAUACAAGACUGAACAACAAAUAACGUAUAAGUCAAUGAUUGGACCAUCAUGGGCGCCUUUUUUCUCAAAAGUCCUAAUAGAAGUGGUCGCUAACACAUUUGGUUCACAAGAUCUCCUGGUGGUGGGUUUGGUAUUAAAGCAAUAAAGUGACGAGGUAGCACAUCCCUUGGUUUCCAGAAUAGUGUAAGAAUUGGGGUGAGAAAAAGGAGUGAAAGCUUUAAUGUUCUUAGAUAUAUAUUUCUCUUAUGUCCUAGAGGAUGCUGUGGUCCACAUUAGUACCAUGGGGUAUAGACGGGUCCACUAGGAGCCAUUGGCACUUUAAGAGUUUGAGAGAGUGGGCUGGCUAUUCCCUCUAUGCCCCUCCUACCAGACUCAGUUUAGAAAAUGUGCCCGGAGGAGCCGGUCACAGCUAGGGGAGCUCUACUGAGCUUCUCUGGUAAAAGUUUAUUUUAGAGUUUAUUAUUUUACAGGGAGACUGCUGGCAUCAGCCUGCCUGCAUCGUGGGACUAAGGGGGGGAGCAGUGUCUGCCCUGCGGGGUCUGAGCCACUGUCUCCACUGACUGGACACUGAGCUCCUGAGGGGAUAGAUCGCUGCCAGCCGCAGGGGGACGCUCACCCCGGCAGCCAGCCGCCACCCCCUUACAGAGCCAGAAGAUCGGUGGCGAGUGAGUCACCAGCCCCCCUAGCAAGCGGGGGGCGAGUGUGAAAAUGGCGGCAACAGGGUAUGGAGCACAGUACUAACUGCGCUCCGGGGCUCAUCGGUACAUAGUGCGGCGCUGUGAGGGGCGCCCUGAGCCAGCGCCUACACCCUACACUGACCCCCAAGCCUGUCAGCGUCACAGGAUCGCUGCCAGCGUGAUUCCUCAGGCCAGUAUAAUCUUCAGAAGAGCGGGAAGACAGCGCCAUUAAGGGGGCGGAGUUUCUUCUCAGAGCGGACCCAGCAGCGUUCAGCGCCAUUUUCCUGCCUGCAGAAGCGGUGUCAGUGAGAGCUGUCCCUCCAGAGCAACUCCAGCUAUCUCUCUCAGUACCAGGGGGUUGUAGAAGGGGGGGCAUUCCAUGUAAUCAGGAUUGCACUGGUUUAGCGCAGAUACCAGCAAGGGAGCCUGAGUGGUUAUCCUCUAUCAAAUCCAUGAUUUCUCAGAUUUCUACUAGGGUUGCACAGAAUGAAUCUGCAACUCAGGUUUUACACGGCUCUAUGGCAGUCUGGCCCGGUUCUGUCACCUCAGGAACCCUACUGUAUAUUCCCACAAACGUGCUCUUGCCCAGAUUAUGCAAGAUGACAUGGAUACCUAUUCUGAUACUGCAGACGGUGACGGGGAUGUGCUGCGGGGGGCCGCAUCUCUUGUAAAAGGGGGUGCAGUUGAUGAUAGAGGCCAUUACAGAUGUGUUGAAUAUUGCUGACACAACACCUGAGCAGGUUGAGGAGGCUUACUUCACUGACAAUAAGAAAGCCUCGCUAACCUUCCCUGCGUUCAAAGAAUGAAAUGCUAUUUCUCUUACGUCCUAGAGAAUGCUGGGGACUCCAAAAGGACCAUGGGGUAUAGACUGGAUCCGCUGGAGCUUGG